CUCCGGCGAGUCCGCGUCAAACUUUUCCAUAGCCAACCCGCGCCGAACCGUCUCGGCUCCCCUUUCCCCCAUCGUCUUCGUCCGACCUCCCCCUCGGACCCUCUGCUCCCGAUCCGGCUAGCCUCGCCGAAACCCUAACCCUAGCCCGCCAUGGCCGGCUCCGUCCCACCCACCGGUGCCGCCAGGGCCGUCGUGCUCCGCCUCGACGACCUGGCGCUGCCCCCGCGGUACCUCACGGUCCCCUCCCACCUCCCUGUCUCCGACCUCCUCGGCUCCCUCCCGCUCCCCUCCUCGUCCUACUACCUCACCUCCGAUGGCCGCCCGCUGCCGGCCUCCUCGCCCGUGUCCUCCCUCCCGCCGUCCGCCUCCGUUCAGCUCCGCAUCCGCGCGCUCCGCGGCGGGGGCGGCGACGGCGGGGCCACGGGCGCCGAGUCCCGCGACUGCUACCUCUCCAUGUAUCUCUCCAAGAAGCCCGACAAGGCCGACCCCAACGAGGCACGCCUCUCCCGCUUCACCUGCUGCGCUCUCUCCGGGGUGCCCCUCACCGCGCCCGCCGUCGCCGACCGCCUCGGGAACCUCUUCAACAAAGUGGCACUUGUCGAGGCGCUCCUCCACAAGCGCCUGCCCAAGGCACUCUCCCACAUCCGCGGCCUCCGCGACAUGAUCCCAAUCCACCUGCACCCCAAGCCGGACGCCGACGCCUCCGGGGAGGAGGUCCGGUUUCAGUGCCCCAUCACCGGGCUCGAGUUCAACGGGAAGUACCAAUUUCUCGCUCUCCGCGGGUGCGGUCACGUGCUGAGUGUUAAGGCAUUCAAGGAGGUGAAGACGUCCGUGUGCUUGGUCUGCCACAAGGAGUUUGAUGAGGCCGACAAGAUGCCAAUCAAUGGGACCGAGGAGGAGGUGUCGGUCUUGAGGAAGAGGAUGGAGGAGAAGAGGGGGAAGUUGAAGGAGAAGAAAGACAAGAAGGACAAGAAGGUGGGGAACGGCCUCAGUGGGAGUAUACAUGCUGCUGCUGCUGUUGAGGCAGGGGCUGAGAAGUUGGGGAAUGGAAAGAAUGGGGAGGCUGCUGCAGCCAAGCGGUUCAAGGCUGCGGACCAUGCACCAGCCUAUGCGAACAAGGAAGUGUAUGCAUCGAUUUUUACAUCUUCCAGGAAGUCGGAUUUCAAGGAGACUUACUCAUGCCGAUCACUUCCGCUUGGAAGGAACUGAAUUGAUGCCAUGCCAGGAGAGGUUGCAUGGAGACAAGAAAAGGCCGAGAAAAGUGUAAUUCCAGGAUGCAAAAUUUGCUUUAAAUUUGAGACAGAAAAGAAAGCCUGGCAUAAGAAAAGGAUAAUACUUCUGUGCCCUGUUUUAAAUGCACGACUGUCAUAUUGCUGCUUCAUGAAUCAUGAUACAGCAAGCGGCACAUAAUAGUGUACUGUCGUUUGCUCAUGACUCAGCAAGCACAUAUGCAGCAUUCUACUCUGUUUCGAUGUUUUGUAUGUGAAGACAUGUCUAUCAUAUUUGGAGAAAGCACCUUCAUUCUUAUGGACCCAUGUUCUUCUAAAAGCUGUAUUCUCAUGGUUUCUCAAAAUUACAGAGUGCUUCUUGCUUUCUUGUAUGAAUGUUCACCAGAUAUUUGCUUCGGAGCCGUUAUUCCAUUGGAAAUCAGAGACCUUUUGUC